AUGAUACGAAACGGAUCAUUGUCUGAACACGAAACACCGACCCAAGAAGUCCCUUUGGGCAGGCAUGGAUCUCCUGCCCAACCUUCAGGCUUAUUAUUAGAAAUUGCUUCUCGCAAAUCCUCUAUCACCAUCACUGCCGAGCACCCGAAAAAAUAUAUACAAAGAAGAAAACAAGACAAGACAAGACAAGACAAGACAAGACAAGAAACUUUCAGACACAUCAUUGAUCAAUGGGCCCACACGAGAAUCGCCAUUAGGAACCAACGAGAUCUCGGUUAUCCCCUGAAGUGGCCAUUUGGUCCCGACCACACUUUGACCUUCAGCCGUGACAUUAAGGGCCUGAAAAAAUUUUCCCCCGUUUACGUAAACGUCAAAGACUCGCCAGCUGUACGGGCUUGCGUGCCGAUUGUCCUGAAAGUACAGUGCAAUGUAAUAAAGCCCGCUUGGGAGAGAAAACGGCGGCCAGUUGAACUUGUGAGUGCCGAUGACAAGGCGCCCUGUGGCGGAAUGUUCCAGAAGGUUGAUGGAGUCGCAUUUGAUUGGCUCAAGACGAAAGGAACAAAUACGCAAACAAAAGCACAAAAUAUCAUACACAUACCAAAUGAUAUCUCCUUCGGGUCCGAAGCUACUCCUCGCGACAUUCGCCAUCAUAUUCCUCUCGAAAUCGGUCGAGUUAUAAACCGAAUCAUCAAGAAAAUAAACCUCGAGCGACGAAAUAAACGGGCUCGACCCAUUCACCGUGUACUCGUUCCUCGCAAGACAAACACUCAAGAACUUGUUCUGAGCCACCACAACAGCUUCGUAAUACGAAGACCCUCCGUUUGCAUAAUCCUCCGUCGUGUUAACAAUGCUCCAUUUCGAGCCGUCGAUUAUCUGAUCGAAAACCGGCGGCUCGUGUCCUCCGUCGAAUCCCCCGUAAAAAUAGACUGUCUUGACGAGUGUUUUCUUGCAUUGGCAUUGGGGAAGAACCUUAGAGUUUGCAACCUAGGCAAUAUGUCCGUUCGUUUUAAGGUUGUUUUGUUGCCGGCUGAUGUGAAAUUGUCGUCCGGAGUGUAUGUGAGAGGUCCUUCUUCGUCGUUGCGUGUCGAGCCGCAGCUCAAGAGGUAG